UUGCAUCAUGCAGACCAUCUUCCCAGCCAACAUCGCCAGUAUUAGCUGUACCCCAAACGUAGCGGGACCUCCUGUGUGGGGAACUGUUUGCCGGUACACCUGUCUGCCAGGGUACGAGAUGUCAGGGGGAGACACGCGUACUUGUGAGAAUGUCGGUGGAACCGGCGUGUGGGUACCAACUAAUGACGUCCAGUGUGUAGAGACCGUUUGCACUGCUAUUCUGGCCCCUCAACAUGGUACAGUAGCUUGCACAGAUGGAAACAAGUACCGCAGCGUCUGCCGUGUGGAGUGUGAGGCAGGAUACUUCCCGGAGGACCAGGACAGAAUAUCCGCGAUGUGUCAGGCUAAUAGUAACUGGGAUGUCGAGUUAACUACAUGCAAAGACAUUCUACCACCGAUCUUCGUCAGCUGCCCAACAGAUAUUGUAGCAUUUGCUGACAGAAACAGAGAGACAACACACGUUACCUGGGAGGAACCAACCGCCAUAGACAAAAUCAACAUCAAUUUAAAUGUACCCGCGCAUGUUCAGCUAACUGAAGGUAGUCCACCUGGAUCCACAUUCACUCGCGGACAGCAUCUUAUCAAGUACACUGCAACAGAUGCCUCUACAAACGAAGCAUUGUGUUCCUUCAAAAUAGACGUACAAGUUAUCACAUGCCCUCCAAUCAGAUACACGAUAAAGGCAGAGCUUUCUUGCCCUAGUGGGUACGUGUACGGCUCCACGUGCAGCUUUGGGUGCCAGAUAGGCUACCCCGUGGUCGGCCCCACGUCAUUUUCCUGUGAGAGAGACUACACCAGCAGUGAACCCGUAGGCUACUGGGACUGGGGUGGCGACGGAACGCAGCCUUUCUGCAAAAUUGUACCAUGUCCUACACUUCGGCCGCCUGACAAUGGUGCCCUGGCUUGUGACGGGUGGGCGGAGGGAACGUUCUGCAUUAUCCAGUGCAAUGAGAACUGGGACGUUCCUAUUGACGCUCCACCAAGAUACGUGUGUGAGACACUGUCUGGAACAUGGAAUCCUGACGACGACGUUCCCAACUGUGCAUUGCCCCGAGAUCCAGACAGCAUGAACCUACCAUCAGAGCUGUACUACUACUCAGGAGACUGCAGGGACCCGGAGACUCAAGCACAGAUUCAAGCAAACUUUAUCGCGAUUCUCAACAGCUCCGACUACAGUGACAUAUGUCGACUAUUUGUAGAGUGCGCGGCUGAAAACGUGCAGGUUAUCUGCGGUAACGUGACAACGCGUUCCCUUCAGCCAUCGUUCCAGCUGCGCGUCACUUUUGACUUAACUGUCAAAGUUAACGCACAAACAGACGACCACACUAGUUACCUUGAUGUAGAAGAUACCCUUUUCUCAAUGGCUUAUAAGAUUGACGAAGGGGUUAAGGGAGGCAAAUUCUCUUUGAAUAACGUCACAACCAUUGACCUUGAAGUGGAGCCUGAAUCUUUCGCCACGUCGAAUUGGACCAAUCUUGUGUGUGAAACGGGAUACCAGCCGAACUAUGUCGACUACACGUGCCAGGGCUGUCCCAAGGGAACUUACCUGGACACAGACAAAGGCACGUGUGAGAAAUGUGAAGUUGGACAGUUCCAGGAUGAAUAUGGUCAACUAGCAUGCAAGCCCUGCCCACCAGAAACAUGGACUGUCAAAAAUGGAAGCCAAGCAGUGGAUCUCUGUUUGGAUAACUGUCAAGCCGGAUGGUACUCUGACACUGGAAUGGAGCCUUGCGCACAAUGUGAAAUGGGUCACUAUCAGCCUACGACAGGCCAGAGGCAGUGCCAAAGAUGUCCUCAUGGAAAAACAACGACAACCUUUGGCGCUAAGGCGAUGAACGAGUGUGUAGGCAUCGACCUGGUCUUGAACGCGUCCAGUCGUGUUCAACUAACAAAAACACAUUCUGACCUCCGAGGAAUCACUUUGUCCUUUUGGAUCCGCCCUCACGUGGACUCGCCACAUGGGUCAAUUUUUCACCUGAAGAGAGAAUCGGACACGCUGUUUGCUGUUGGAAACCCAGGAAGCUUAGAAGUGGCUUUGACAAGCACAGUGUUGAGGACUGGGAUAUCCCUAGACGAUGGUAAGUGGCACAACCUUGCUGUCACCCUGCGUCAUCUGGAAAAUGACUGCAAAGUGUACGUCGAUGGAGCCGAAUCCUGGUCUCGACGAUUGCCGAGUAACGCACACACAGUGUUCCCAGUAAAUACUGACAUCGUCCUAGGUGACGCCGGCGGAGACUACAACGACUGUGACUCAAACCCCUGCGGAGAACAUGCAAAUGGCUGCCAGGAUAACUUUGGGUCAUACAGUUGUGUCUGUGAGGUUGGGUACACCGGUACCCAUUGUGAAGUGAACAUCAAUGACUGUCACGAAGGUUCCUUCAAUGGUGAAUGGGGAGAGUGGACAGACUGGACACCUUGCAGUGCUACAUGUGGGAACGGCACGCACCAGCGAUGGAGACAAUGCAACAACCCACCUCCCGAAGAGGACGGCAAGAACUGCACUGGGCGUAACACAGAGAGUGGAAGCUGCAGUUUGAAAGAUUGCCCAUCUUGCAUGGAGUUGAAACGGUCGUACGGUGUCAUAAUGGACUGCUAUUGGAAUGCCACAGAAGACAGGAACUACUGUCAAAUCGACUGCACUCCUGGGCUGGAAUUUUCGGAAACACCCCAUCCGCUGUAUACCUGUGGGGCGGAAUCGGAAUACAAAUGGAAUCAUCAAACAGAAAACAACCCUUUGGCCAUACUUCCAUCUUGUGCCCAUGGCCAAAUUCCUUCAAAGCUGUCCCUUGACUACGAGCUCAAAUACCCGGAUUUGUACUGCCAAUCGCCCGAAGACAGUCUAGGUGUUGUAGAGGCUAUCAGAGACAUCGGAUCUCUGAAUGUUCAAGACAUAGACUGUGUCAAAAGAACGACCUGCAAUGUGACGUUGGAGGUCCAUCACUGCGAUACUUUGGCCAAAAACAAAUCACCCGCGUCUCUUAGCAUAACGCUCUGGGGAGAAAUAAACGGCACGCUCAACUCCGAAGUCGUCGCAGUGAAUGGAAAUAUAACCGACGAAGGGCAUGAAGCAGUCAACAGCCUGUCGAGGACUAUCAUAGAUCUCGUCUCUGCAGCAGAAGUUAUAAAAAACAAAUCGAAAUUCGAUAACUUCGCUGUGAUCAUUGAUGGUCAGAGUUUUGCAGUGGACGCCAACGGAAGUGAGCCCAUGCUCAUUGCGGAAUGCCAACCAGGCAUGGUGGCGCAGAAAAUGGUCUGCGUGUACUGCGCACCAGGCAGCUACUACCGAAACAGGAUGUGCAUCAAGUGCCCUAAAGGGUCCUUCCAAGAACUCGAGGGGCAGAUGUCCUGUAUCUCCUGCCCUGAAGGUUUCACAACCGCGGGAUUAGGGUCCAACAAUCACUCCAACUGCUAUGUUGCACCGGAGAUUCCGACGGAAGAAGCUGUCGUCACGAUAACACAGGGGCUAACGACAAUGAUCUCGGCGUCUUUGGAUCCAAACAACUCUGGGGCACCCACAGGACUGAUCGGCCUGAUCCACAAUCUACGAAGGACCAACUACUUCAGCACACCAAAAGCCCAACCCAUCAACCUGAUGACGAUGGCUUCGUUAUGCAACCGUUACAAGGAUAGCAAGCGGUGUAAAAGGCGUACACGCAAAGACUAA